AACCAGAGUACCUGACCUCUGUCGACGGAUGGUCCUUUUUCAAAGUUCGCGCGGUUGGAGCUAUGACUAACCUGAAUGUCAAGGCCACUUGCGAGUCGAUGGGGAUGAGAUUACCGUGCUACCACUCAGGUACGGAAGGGUGUACCAGCAACUACUGGACAUCAGACUGCAUCACGUAUGACUACGGCGGCGGCAGCUGUGCGUGGCAUUACAUCCUCUCGGAAAACCUGUGUGGAACUACUGACUCUCGGUACUGCCAGCCCCUUGAUGACAUCUUUGUGUACAUGCCUGGCUGGAUUGGGGGUGGUGACAGCGCCAUCGGAGUGGACUACGAGACUCACACCUGGAGCCUGAUGGGAGCGAACUACAACAACAUGUACGCCCUGUGUGCAGAUCAAAUAGAUCUAGACAUCGACGAGUGCGCCUCCAAUCCGUGCCAAAAUGGCGGAACCUGCCAGGACGGCAUCAACUCCUACAGCUGCAGCUGCCCAACCGGGUUCCAUGGAGACCACUGCGAAUCUGAUCCUGAUCACGUCACCAACAGGAUGACCGCCUACCAGUGCAGCAGCGCCUCCUGUCCGGACGGCAUGUACUGCACCGAGGAGGGCGUGGCGUCCUUCUCCUGCAAGGCUGUGUGACGUCACGGCCAAACGUCAUGCGUGCAACAAACAGCCAAAGGCUGACAGGCGUGUCCGCCAACAAGCUUUCUCCUGAUUCUGAUUUGAUUUAAAAUUGCA